UAUUCGCUCUCACAAAAUGCAAAGCGGGUCUUGGGGGUUCUUUGCUCGCGCCCCACUGUAAAAGUUGAAAAGCUCGUCGACACAAUUGAGUAUCAAUUGCGUCCAGCUAACCACAGGCCGUUUCCUUCUUUUUUCCCCCAACAUCCCAGACCCUCCCAUCAGGUCACCAGGAAACAUUUCUAGGCCGAGCAGCAGUUAUAUUGUAGUUGUACAACUCAAUUGCCUGUCAUCAUGGGUCUCUUCGUGCUUGCAGAGACGCCUGCCGGCUACGGUCUGUUCAAGGCCAAGGACAAGAAGCUCCUCUCCAGCGGCGAUGUCGCGUCCCAGCUCACCACCUCCGAGGCCAUCAACUCCAUGUUGACCCUGAAGAAGAUGGUCAAGUUCGAGGAUUCCGCUCAGGCCCUGUCCGAAUACUCUGCCAUCACCGAGGGAAAGGUUACACCCAUGCUGCAGCAGCUUUUGGACGAAAUCAAGGACGAGAAGAAGUCGCAACUUGCCGUCGUCGACCCCAAGCUCGGAAACGCCAUCAACGUCCUUCCCGGCCUUUUGAUCAAACCUGUGUCCGACAGCUCUACGAACGACCUUUUCCGAGCCAUCAAGCAGUACCUCCCGGAAUUGUUUCCCGAGCUCUCUGAGGACUAUCUUGGCAACAUGGCUCUGGCUCUGUCCCACUCCAUCUCCCGACACAAGCUCAAGUUCUCUGCCGACAAGGUAGAUGUCAUGAUUGUGCAGGCAAUCAAGCUUUUGGACGAUCUUGACAAGGAGCUCAACAACUACGCCAUGAGAGUAAAGGAGUGGUACGGAUGGCAUUUCCCCGAAAUGGAUCGAAUUGUCAACGACAACCUCGCUUAUGCCCGUAUUAUCAUGGCUAUGGGUACUCGCGACAACCAUGCAAACGUCGAUUUGUCCGAGAUCCUGCCAGAAGACAUCGAGCAACGUCUCAAGGCUGGAGCUGAAGUCUCCAUGGGCACAGAAAUCGGCGAGUUUGAUCUCGAGAACAUCAAGCUAUUGGCCGAACAGGUCAUCAGCUUUACCGAGUACCGUCAACAGCUGUCGCAAUACCUUACUUCCCGCAUGAAGGCCAUCGCUCCCAACAUGACCGAGCUUAUCGGUGAGCUUGUCGGUGCCCGCCUCAUUGCCCACGCCGGCUCUCUCAUGAAGCUCGCCAAGAGCCCUGGUUCUACCAUCCAGAUUCUUGGUGCCGAGAAGGCUCUAUUCCGUGCGCUGAAGACCAAGCACGACACUCCCAAGUAUGGUCUUAUCUACCACGCAUCUCUCGUUGGUCAAGCAACUGGCAAGAACAAGGGAAAGAUUGCUCGUAUGCUGUCUGCCAAGGCCGCUUUGGCUCUUCGUGUCGAUGCCCUGUCUGAGCUCCAGAACGAGGGCGCCGACGGUGGUGAUAUCGAGAUUGAUGACGACGAGAGAGCAGAGCUUGGCAUCCGCUCCCGCAUAAAGCUCGAGAACGCUCUCCGCCGACUUGAGGGCAAGCCAAUCCAAACCAAGGGUAGCAAGAUUGCCCCCAACGGUACUGGGUCGUCCAAGUUUGAAGUCAAGCCGACAAGAAACUACAACGCCGACGCCGAUGGUCUCACUACCUCUGGGAAGCCCUUGAUCCAGGAGGUUGAGGACACGCCUAUGGCCGAUGCCGAGGACGAUGACUCCGAGGACGACUCUGAAGCCGAGAAGCAGAAGGCUGCCAAGGAGAAGAGGAAAUCCGGCGCAACUGAGAUCGCUCCUCUCACACCCAAGGCUGAUGCUGGUGCUCUCUCAGAGGCCGAUUACGAGCGUCUUGCGGCCAAGGCCGGUAUUUCUGUGACCAAGUUCAAGAGGAAGUAUGAGCGUGGUGAUGUAGAGUUGGGCGCUGACGGCACACCGUCAGUCGUUAGCAAGAAGGACCUGAAGAAGAAGGCCAAGGAGACUGAGGCCACUGAAGAGACUAGCAGCAAGAAGAGGAGGCAUUCUGACGCCGCCAACGGAGAGACUCCCAAGGAAAAGAAGAGCAAGAAGGCCAAGAAGGAGAAGUCGUAGACAAUCCAAAGAUGUCUACGUUUCUGUGGUCCAUUUGUAUAAAAGCUUGCUCGCUCUGUCUUUUGGUUGUUUUUCAU